AUGGCCGCAGUCGAGACGAAAACCAACAUCCUUCAGGUUUUCACCUAUGAGCCUGGUACGAAAACAUGCAAGCAGAAACAGACACUCGAGUUUCUAGAGGAGAAAAAGCCUGAAGAGCUCAAGUUGGAGGUCAUUCGACGCCUCCUUGUGCAGCACAAGGUUCUUGGAUCACUUGAUGCGCGAAAUCCGUUUUGCGACAGCUUUGGCGCCGAAAUGGCCGACCAUAUGAAUCUCAGCGUGUACGUUAGUCAAGUUGCUGAAGGUGACAAAGGUAGUGAUGAUGACGAUGACACCAAAAGCGACGAAAAGACCGAUGGAAAUGUCGCUGAAAAUGCAGUCGAGGAGGAGAAGAUCGAGAAAGACGGAAAGGCAGUCGAUGCCAGCACUGAUAUGAUCCACCAGACCCUCAAAGUCUACUACAAAAAGCGAAAGGUCCAGACCAAAACCGAUAAUGCAACGCAGGAGUUCCUCAAAAAGCAACUCGACUUGAAGCUAAAGAAAGCCCCGGAACUCAGUCACCUCAGGGCCCAGUUACUUAAAUCUGCCUUCCAGGGUGAUAAGUGGACUGCAACCACGGGCUCUAAGCCAUCCGUCGCAGCUGAAUUGUCCGAGAGAGAUUGGAGCGUCAUCGUCAGGACCAAUUGUCUGCUCAGUGGGCAGCGCUUGGCUAUUAAAGAGAAAGGGAAGACCAAGAACCACUCAGUGGAAAGGACUCCAUUUAACGCCUUUCAGCUCAAGAAGCGAUUCUUCGAUUCCUACGAGAUCGCUGCUCCUGAGGCCUCUAACAAGGGUGCCUCGACGGCAGGUGAACUUGGGGCGCUUCCAGCUCACAUCCCGCGGUUCAGAGUUGAUGACUCCUCCUCCAUGACUGUUGUUGAAACGCAGAACAGCCUGCAAUCCUCAAUGGCCAAGAGCUCGUUUAGUCAGAGUUCAAUCGAGGCCUCGGCUGGCGGCGGACUUUGGGGUGUUUCUGCGGCAGCGAAAGCUGGAUUCUCUAUGCAAGAAGGUAGUAAGGACGUCACUGCGAAUGAUGAGCAGCAUCAGAAGAUCCACGUGAUUUAUAGCUUUCCACGCGUUACUGUGUUUUUAGAUGCAGGAUCCCUUGAACUCACGGACGAAGUCAAGUCAGAUAUCGCCAGUGUAAAAACAAAAGACGAUGUAGUGUCCUUCGGAGAGAAAUACGGACAUGUUUUCUCACGAAGGGUCCAAAUCGGUGGCCGACUUAUCUCUUCACACCAGAUUGAUUCCAACAGCAAAGAAGAACAAUCGGAAAGAGAGAACUCUCUCAAGGCUUCUGCAGCCGUCUCUGUCUCUGGAUAUGGCGUUACGGCCUCUGCUGAGGCGAGUCAUGCUUCUGGUGGCGCAGACUCAAACAGCACAAAGAAGCAAGACUUUUCGAGCAAUAUGUCGUGGGAGGCCACUGGAGGCAACACCACGCUGUGCAAUAAUCCUCCUGAAUGGUGUAGCACCGUUGGAAACUUCCGCAACUGGCGUAUUGUCGAGCAAGGUGACAUCGUCCCUCUGACACAGCUAAUCAGCACGUUCAAAGGGUUCGAGGGCACAGAGGCGCAAUUCCGGAAAGCAGCUGGUAUUUCUGACGGGGGUUCAUGUGCUGGGAAACGCGUUCAAACAAGAAUUCGCCUCAUCAAUACGGAAACAAACAAACCACUCGUAGCAGUGGAGUCUCCAAAUAUCCUUAAAGAGACACUGGAGUGGAUUUCCACUGGUCAAUCAUCUCCCUCCGUUGGAACUUCCAAGAAGGAGAUUUUUCGUCAGAUCUCACGGGGGUGCAUCACAUACGCAGAUGAUCAAGAGAAGCGCUCGAACUGGGUAUUGGAACGGUGGGUUGAGAAAGGGAGAAGUGAAAAGCACGUUUAUGGUGCCAAGACCUUCAUUUUCAACGAAGCAAUGCCAGAACAAGCCAAAUUCUUGGGAGCAACCGAUCCAAUCGUGGACAUAGACGCUUCAGGGUUCCUUUAUCCAGCACCAAGCACCAACAAAGCCUGGUUCACUUUGGAGUCCCCGCCUGAUCUACAGCCGAAAAUAGGUCCCCUGGAAACAGGAGACGUUGUAGAACUUCGGGUUCGAGAUAGUGGCGACUCAGCCGACCUCGGAGUCUUGAUGAAAGCCAAGUACCGUGGGGAUGCCGAAACUGCGUCAAGCAUUGAACGUAUUCCGGCAUUUGCACCCAGAAAAGGCUUUGGCCAGAACGUUGAUCGAGCGGUAGAUAGAGAGUCUGGAAGGUUUUUGCAAUUUAGGAUCGAGGUUCAAGGUCAGACUGUGGUAGAGGAUCUGGCCUAA